GCUAACGAGUUCAAAUAAGACCAGAACAUUGAGUAUAAAAGGAAAAAACAUGUUGGAACGCACUAAAAAGUUAGAAAUUCCAGGAAUUAAUGCUGAUAAAGCUCAAAUAAGCAUAAUAGUAAGAAAGUAUUUUCAG